AUGAAGCCGUCCGAGCAUGGAUUGCUCGCAUUUUGUUGGGCCGUUGAAUGGAAGGAUCAUUCAACAGUCCGUUGGCGUUGGGGGAUGUCAGCUUAUGAGCUUAAGUUGGAACGUGCUGAGAAUCUGUGGGCCCCAAGGGUGCACAGUUGGAACUAUGCAGGUCAGCUGGCCUUGAAUUUCCGCUUUAGGGAUUCUAUUAGCACAAACAAGGAUGUGCAUUGUUCAGGUGCGUUUGCCAGGACAAAGCGAGUAGUUGGUGGUUGUAGUUUUCUGGGAACUCUUGCGCUCAGCAAUGCACAUGCACCAAAGGGGUUGCCAACUGCUGCACUGCGGACAGCGACUCGUGAUGCUCUUGUGCUCUUGUUUUGGACGGCUGUGCAAAGGUGCGCACAGGGGCCAUUGACAGGAAGGCAUCGAAGAGCGCUGUCAAUAAAGAACAAAACUGGUGUUGUUGUUGCCAGCCAGACCCAGACUGGAAUGCAGUUUUGUUAUGGUGUUGCAAUUGUGCAAAGGAGGGGUUCGGCUCUGAGCAUGACAGCUGGUCACUCGACAUUACAUGCAGCCACAGCGGGAACACACCCGCAGCUCCUCAAUUGGCCCACUAUGCUGCAUUGCAAAAUCAACAUUGUGCAAUAA